UUGUAUGAUGCAUAUAUUUUUGUAAAAUUGUAAGUAAAUUAUGAACUGUCCAAAACUAGUAUGCAAAUAUUACACACCGAAAAUUAUAUGGUAUCAAACAGAUACUACAGUCAUUAUACGCAUAUUACUGCAAGAUGUGGAAAAAUACUUUCUUCGAGUUCAGUGUGAUCAGUUAUUAUUUAGUACUACAAUACAUUCUAAAUGUUAUUCUGUGUCUUUAAAUCUUUUUGGGACUGUAAUUGCGGAGAAAACGACUCACAUAAACUUAAGAAGAGAAAUUAAAGUUGCACUUGUCAAGGCACAUAAAUGGGCAGAGUGGUUAAGAUUAUGUAUUGAAACGGGAAAGAAUCCUUUAAUUGUUUUAGAUCCAGAACAUAUAUAUAAACAUGAUUGGAUGACUGUUUCUUUUCAAAAUAGAGAAAGGGAGAGUUUUACAGAAUAUAAACUUAGAAAUAAUAUAACUCAAAUAAUGCCAGAUGUACCAUCUAGUGAUGAAGAAGAAUCUGAUGAUGAAAUAAUGGACAUAUUAUUUUCUUAA